AGGUCGGGUGGGUCAGUCUAAUUGAUCAUUUUCCCGUCUUCCCUCUCUCGUCAUCAUCUCAGCCUAAGCAGCCUAGUGCGCUUCUUCUUCAUUGAAACCGCAAAGACCAGUGAAGAAAACUUUCUCUUUACCAUUUUCCCUUGUCUACUUGAUUCUUUCUAAGGAAAAUGGAGAACCUGAAUAUGGCGCUACUCUCCUCUUCCUCUUCUUCUUCUUAUUAUUCUUCUCCAAAAUUGGUUUUGGGUUAUUCUACUUACCUCAAAAACCCUACUGCUACCCUUCAAUUCUCUAGAACCAGAGCCCUUCCCUUCACUCUUAGGAAUUACAGGAUUGUGCCUCACAGCUCCAGAAUUUCCAUCUCUGCUAUGUCUCACCCUCGCGCCUCCACCGACCCUUCCAGAGUUUACAAAGAUAGGAGAUUAGGUGCUGAAUACUUCGCGAGCAUUUCUUCAUCGACCGGUCAGCAAACGUCUUCUGUUGGGGUUAACCCACAGCCACUGCCACCUCCGUCUUCACAAUUCGGGUCACCUUUGUUUUGGAUUGGAGUUGGUGUUGGACUGUCCGCACUUUUUUCAUGGGUGGCUACGAAUUUAAAGAAAUAUGCCAUGCAACAAGCUUUCAAAACUAUGAUGAACCAGAUGAAUACACAAAAUAACCAAUUCACCAAUCCUGCUGUUUCUCCUGGUUCACCCUUUCCAUUUCCAAUACCUCCUGCAUCAGGACCUACUAGCUCACCUUCAUAUCAAACACCAUCAGCAUCUGGGGCUGCUACCUCCCCUUCAUAUCCAACAUCAUCACCACCUCCAGUUGCAUCUCAAUCUACAAUCACUGUAGAUGUUCCUGAAACAAAAGUAGAAGCAACUCCAGUCACCGAUGCCAAAGAUGAAUCAGAGAUAAAGAAGGAACCUAAGAAAUAUGCUUUUGUAGAUGUCUCUCCUGAAGAAACUUUUCCAAAGAGUCCUUUUAUAAGCGAUGAAGACAUUUCAGGCACAAGCUCAUCCAAAGAUGCUCAGUUUGCCAAAGAAGUUUCUCAAAAUGGCGCUGCUUCUAACCAGGAUUCCAGUGCUUCUUAUGGUUCUCAAUCUACUCGUAAGGAAAAUUUCAGUUGCAACUUCUCUGCCAUUGAGCCCUUCUCAUUGGAUUUCAUGCUUUUUGGUCCUCGCUUAUCUGUGGAGGCUCUGGAGAAAAUGAUGGAAGAUCCGACUGUGCAGAAGAUGGUUUAUCCAUAUUUACCAGAGGAGAUGAGGAACCCUUCUACUUUCAAAUGGAUGCUGCAAAAUCCACAAUACCGUCAACAACUGGAAGACAUGCUGAAUAAUAUGAGUGGAAGCGGUGAAUGGGACAACCGGAUGAUGGAAUCCUUGAAAAAUUUUGAUCUCAGCAGUCCUGAGGUCAAGCAGCAAUUUGAUCAAAUUGGCCUUACCCCUGAAGAAGUAAUCUCAAAAAUCAUGGCUAACCCCGAUGUUGCCUUGGCAUUUCAAAAUCCUAGAGUUCAACAAGCCAUUAUGGAUUGUUCACAGAACCCGCUUAGCAUAGCCAAAUAUCAGAAUGACAAGGAGGUUAUGGAUGUCUUCAACAAAAUAUCAGAACUCUUCCCAGGGGUGACAGGUUCUUAGUCUCAUCACUUGUGCAGAAUUGCUGUUCUUGAGGAUAAAUAUGCUGAUGGGUUUGCAGCUGGUGAGCAAAUGGCAAUAGAGCCUGCUGGAUUGUUCACUUCUCAUAUGAAAAUGGUUCCAAAAUUUUUGGAUAUUGCCCCUCCUUUCCCUUUGACUUUUUGUGCAAAUAGGGCAUAGUUUCAGUUUAAAUUUGUACAAGGCCUUUGGGAUGUUCUUGUAAAGUUACUUAUCAUUAGCAUUUGUUUUAAGCUAGAAUAUCUCUCUCCCCUCUAAAUGAGUAUAUCUUGAUUUUUA